AGUGCAAAGUAACAGCAGGGGGAAAUAAAACCGCCUUUGAUUUUUCCUCAGAAAUGUAUUUUAUUUUACCCGACGAGAAUGUUUGUUAUUAACAGUGAGCCUUAAUCCAGGUCGAGUAUACCUUCACUUAGUUGAAGUCUUGUUUUCAGUGACGUGGGCCCGAUUUGGCAUCCUGGCAGCGUGAAAGUAGGAGCAGGUCAUGGUGAUGAGAUCUUUGACAGAAAGUGCCUUCUCAGACGACGUCCCUACUUGAAGCUGAUCAGCGGUCCACCUGUCGCUUUUUUUUUUUUUUUUUUAAAAAGGCUGCUCCCCCCCCAUCCCGAACGGCAUCGCAGUCCGAUCCGUGACAGAAGAUACCUCAAGUCUCCACGCUCGGCCCCCCUCUGUUUCGUUUCCGCCCCGGCUCUGGCUCUGGAGAGCUCAUAGCAAGAAAGAUUUACAGCGGAGGGAGGGAAGCAAGCACAGCCAAAGCACAAAGAGCUGACGUGUACGAGGGGGUGAAGCUUAAUCAAUACCAUCGAGUGGCCUCUGCACGCGGUCCACAUCCCCAUACAGGGCGUGCCAUUGCUCCCAAACAGCGUCAGUUAGAGCGCCUGUGUCAGGAGGAGGGGUGCUGACACUUCGGCCGAUUUGCUGGACUUCCGUGCCACAGGAGUAUGCCCCUUUAUCCUGCCAGAGGUCUCUGCCCGGGACAAACCGAUUGAUUAGCGUUAGGCCCGUGACUGAUUGGCCAGGCUCUUACUCCCCCAGCUGCUGCUGUUGUGUUGCUGUACGAGCCCGCCAUCUUCUGUGCGUUACAGUAUCUAACACAAAACCCAGGCCGAAACUUUCAGACCGGUCCUCACGCUCCAUGUGUGUUGUUUUUUAAAUUUGAUUUUUAAAAAAAAAAUCCCCCUCCAUCUGAACCAGUAGAACUGCAGCCGGUGUAAUCAGCGAACCCUCGCGGCUUCGCUCUGCCCAGUCCUGGUCAUGGCUUUAAACAUCGCUUCGAUACGAGACACAAAAUGGCUGACGCUGGAGGUGUGCCGGCAGUUUCAGAGGGGGACGUGCUCACGUAGCGAUGAGGAAUGCAAAUUUGCACACCCGCCGAAGAGCUGCCAGGUGGAGAACGGAAGAGUAAUCGCCUGCUUUGACUCACUAAAGGGCCGAUGCACAAGAGAGAACUGCAAAUACCUUCACCCACCAGCGCAUUUAAAAACCCAGCUAGAGAUAAACGGACGCAACAACCUCAUUCAGCAGAAGACGGCGGCCGCCAUGCUGGCCCAGCAGAUGCAGUUCAUGAUACCAGGCACCAGCAUGCAGCCGGUACCCUCGUUUCCUGUGACCCAAGGUCUGGGGACGAACCCCACCAUCAGCUACGCGCCAUACCUCACCCCCAUGACCCACGGAAUGGGGCUGGUUCCCACGGAGAUGCUCCCCAGCACCCCGGUCAUCGUCCCUGGCAGUCCUCCGGUCUCCGUGCAGGGCUCCUCCUCCAAUCAGAAGCUACUGCGGACAGACAAACUGGAGGUGUGUCGGGAGUUCCAGCGGGGGAACUGCGCGCGGGGCGAGACGGACUGCCGCUUCGCGCACCCCAGCGACAGCCCCAUGAUCGACACGAGCGACAACACGGUCACCGUCUGCAUGGACUACAUCAAGAGCCGCUGCUCCCGCGAGAAGUGCAAGUACUUCCACCCGCCGGCGCACCUGCAGGCCAAAAUCAAGGCCGCGCAGCACCAGGCCAACCAAACGGCGGUGGCGGCGCAGGCGGCCGCUGCAGCCAUGACUCAGUCGACUGCCAAAGCAAUGAAGCGACCCCUCGAGGCAACUGUAGAUCUGGCUUUCCCCCACGCUGUCCUGCAGCCCCUACCAAAGAGACCAGCACUGGAGAAGGCCAACGGGACCAGCGCACUUUUCAGCCCCACUGUUUUGCACUAUCAGCAGGCUCUGGCCAACACACAGCUUCAGCAGCCUGCCGCGUUCUUUCCCACAGAUCAUCCUGAAGUAACCAACAGCAAAGGAACAGCGUGUCAAAAUGCUGCACUAAGGAGCCCAAAACAGCCCCUCUGUAAAUACCACCUCUCCUCUUCGUUAGAACUACAGCAACCUGCAUGCUAAGAGUAUAAGCAUUAAGGACAAGACUUUAUCUAUAACAUUGAGUGCUGGUUUAAUAUAUACAAAUGCUGUAUAUGUAUUGCUAGGAAAAAUGUUAACAUGUAAAAUAACACUAUCAAAAAAAGAUAUAUUCCACACACACGUAUGUAUGCAUACAUAUGUAUUUACAUACAUGUGCACACACACACACACACACAUAUGUACACUAUGUAGAUGAAGGUGGCGAUUUCAUUUUUUCAUUGUUUGGCGAUGUUCUGUAUGUAAUGUGGGUUAAUCUUCUGUAUUUUUUUUCAAACUCUGCACAAAGUACACCGUAGGAAAACACCUCAUUUGCACUGUCGGGGAAAGAAAAACAGAUAUUAAUUUUCAAUUUUAAGUGCUCGAUUGUUUUAAACAGGAAAAGAAUGAGAGACAAAGCCCUGCAGUUAUGUUGCAGAAUUACUUUCAUUGCACUUGGCUUGUGAAUCAGGCUAGAGGGAUUGUUUCAUUUUUAUUUCUCUUUUUUAAAAAGACAUGAAUGUCAUCACAGAUAAGCUGCCGUUUACCACGGUAUCCCCCCCCCCCCACUAUGGCGUUUCCUGGUUCACACUAGGAAAGCUUGGUGUGUGUGCUUCAGCUGCUCAUAACUGGAAAUGAGUCUGCCAAAUAUAAUAUUACGACAAAAGAAAAAAUGGGUUUUUUUUUUCUUAUUUUUUUUUUUAAAUGGCCAAAAAAGAGAGAAUUGUGGGUAUGUGUCUUGGGCGGGGGGGGGUGCACGGAUGUUGCCGAAUGUCAGUUUCAGAAAGGGUGCCGCAGCUGAGAACGGGUCGACCGCGGGGCCUCGGUCUGCCGAAGCCCUUCUCCACUGGCGGCUCACCUCUGGGAGACAGUGUCUCUGAGCAGCAACUCAAAAAAGACCUCAAGAAGGGUUUUUCUUUUUCUUUUUUUGUUUCCUAUGUUUUUUUGUUAACUGGGUAAGGGGGUCAUACUUGCCAUGCUGGUUCAUCAGGGAGCAGCGUUCUGCCUCCAGUGCUGUGCCAAGGGCUUAGCUAAGGCUGUCACCCGGCCGUGCCUGUCAGCUCAGAUGUCUGCAGGCAGACGUGAUGGAGAUGACUGGAGAAGAGCAUGCUGGGACAUUGGUGUCUGGUGCGCCAGUGCAGGGAUGGAGUGUGGUUGGACUCGUGACCGUAGCUG